CUCAUUAUUUUCUUUCCUUUUUUCUGUAUUUUAUUUUAUUUUAUUUUAUUUUAUUUAAAUUUCCUUAUUUACAUUAUUAUUAAUUUGUAAUUUUAUUUAUUUACCCUCCUUAAUAUUAUUAUUUUGCUUCUCUUGUACUACUAUAUAUUGGGAUCUAUAUAUAUUUCUCCACCCACAUUUAUAAUUUUCCCACACCAAAAACAAAAACAAAAAAAAAGAAGAAAACAAUAUGGAGGCAAAAACCCAACUUCUAAUCCCUGAAAAUGAAGAGCUUUUUCAUGUAUUAGCGGUUGAUGAUAGUGUUAUUGAAAGGAAGAUGUUAGAAAAGCUCCUUACUAUCUCAUCCUUCCAUGUGACUUGUGUGGAAUCCGGGGAUAAAGCUUUGGAGUAUUUGGGUUUGGUGAAUUGCCAUAACCCGAUUAUUGAUUCGGGUCAUGUUGAUGAUCAUGGUGUUGAUGAUGAUGUUUCCAUGAUUUGUCCUUCUCUUCCAUUACCCAAUGAUGUUCAUCACCACCAACAACAAGGUCAUGGAACAAGAGUGAAUUUGAUAAUGACAGAUUAUUCAAUGCCUGGAAUAACUGGUUAUGAUCUUCUUAAAAGAGUCAAGGAAUCCUCUUGGAAAGAUGUACCAGUGGUUGUCAUGUCUUCUGAGAAUGUUCCUUCAAGAAUUCACAUGUGUCUAGAAGAAGGAGCAGAGGAAUUUCUGCUAAAACCAGUAAGAUUAUCAGAUCUGAAAAAGUUACAGCCUCGUAUCUUCAAAGCUACACCAAUUCAUACUAGUUGUGUGAGUGAAGAUAACAACAACAACAACAACAACAACAACAACAACAACAACAACAACAACAAGUUUAUAGCAGCAGUAAAUGACAGCAAAAUUUGCAAGGAAGAAAUAACAAUUAUCUGUGAUUUGGAUCAUAAUCUUCAUGAGGACUACACCAGCAGCAGUACCAGUUCAUCAACAGAAGUUGAAACCAAAGUUAACAAUAAUGAAAUCGAGCAAUUUGUUACAUGCUCGAAAAUUGAUCAACUUGUAAUGUGAAUAAAAAUUUCAUCUAAACUUUAAUUAGGCACAGAUUAUUGUGAAGGCUUAUUAGAAGCAACGAACUACUAUAUAUAGUGACCCCACUUAGUACAAUUGUUGGAUCCGUUACUGUAAGUAGCGAGACCAGGAAUGCCAUGCGCCUCUUAGGCCUCCUCGGCCACCUCCCGACCCUUAGCUUGAGUCGAGCCUUAAAUAAACUCCGAUAUAGGAGUUAUUAUUCAAUUAUUUAAGUGAAUGAAUUAAUGUUAGUUAGCUAGCUAUAGAUGAUAUAUUAUUCUCAAAUAUUGCUUCUAUGAGCCAAAUUAACUAGUUUAUGGGAAAUUUUAAUUAGAAUUUUAUGGAAUUAGUUGCUUGUAAGUAGGUAUGUUUCUUAAUUAACCAUCUUAAGUUCUUGACCUUAUUGUAAAAAUUUCAUAAGCAUACUUCUUUCAUUUAUCUAUCGUAAUUAUAUAUGGAUGGAGUGAUUCGAACUUGA